UAUAAAACGACAACGAAUAAGUUGCAUGCCAAACGAAAAAGUAACAAAAUAAACAAAUUCGUGGCAAAUGUUUUUAAACAAAUAUUUAAUAUAGUUAAAAUAAAGUUUAUAAGAAAUAAAAUGGCAAAUCUAAAGGAUGAUUUAGAUCAAUAUUUAUUGCUACAAAGUGAUCAAAGAAAAUUCAAUGUAAAAGUGCCACAACUUAAGGUACCAGAAUUUGGUAAUAUUUUCAGCAGAAACACAGAACCAGAAGCCAAUAGUUGGUUAAAAGAAACACAGGACUCCUGCUGUCCUAAAUUGUCGCGCUUACAACGCAUAGUGGGCUUUGUGGCCUGUCUGGGCAUGGGCACCUUAUGCAUGACCAUCUCCAUGUUUUACAUACCAUUAUUGCUGUUGAAGACCAGAAAAUUCUCCUUACUCUACACCAUGGGCAGUUUAUUUUUCAUUCUAAGUUUUUGUUUUCUCUCCGGUUUUAUGGCUUUCUUUAGGACUCUGUUCACUAAAGAAAGAGCCCUGGUAUCGUCGGCCUAUUUCAGCUGCUUAUUUGCCACCUUGUAUUGUGCUUUAUGGGCGCAAAGUACUGCCUUAACUGUUUUAUUUGCUCUAUUACAAAUGAUUGCUUUAGCUUUUAUGGUCAUUAGCACAGUACCGGGCGGUUCGUCGGGUAUAAAACUGUUUGGUUCCUUAUUCAAGAGUAGUGUAAGUUCGUCGGGUUCGAGUGCUUUGCCAGUUUAGGUUUGCUACUGCCGCUGCCACUCUACUGGUGGACUCUUAAUAUA